AUGGCUCCGAGGCUUCAUUCUGCCGUUGCUGCGUGCACAGAGUGUCGCAAGCAGAAGACCAAGUACCAAGCAACUGCGCACGAAGAACUGUUUGAGCUUUUGAAGGCGCUGCCAAGCCAGGAGGCUCACGACAUACUGAACAGAAUCAGAGAUGGAACCGAUGUCGUGACCAUUCUCAACCAUGUGCGGGCUGGGGAUGUCCUGGUCCAAAUGGCUGUUGAGCCCGAGACUCGAUUUCGAUAUGAGUUCCCGUACAAAUCGGAGAUGCCCCAAGAUUAUGUGCAAAACAAUCCUUAUCUAGAUUCCAUCAUCUUCGAGGCAACCUCACUCUAUGCAGCAGGCCAGAGCUCGACACCUUCUGCAAGCUCCACCACCAACUCUGCUCCCAAUUCAACGUCUGGCGCAUACGAGAGCCUCUAUUUGAAGCCGUUUCAUGCGUCUGGGGUUAUCGAGCCCCAGCUCUCCAAUGCGAAAAUAUCGUGGUGGACCACGGUUUGCCAGGACGACGUUCUCAUGAGAGACUUGCUUGGCGUCUUCUUUCGUUGCGAAUACCACUUCACUGCCGCAUUUCAAAAGGACUUAUUUCUAGAAGACUUGGUCGCAAGACGACGGGACUUUUGCUCGGCUCUACUUGUCAAUAUUAUGCUUGCGUACUCUUGCGUCUGCUACCCACGCUUCUCGAAUCGCGCCGAGUACUGGAAUACCAAUACGCUCGUCUAUCGCUUUCUGGCUGAGGCGAAACGUAUAUGGGAAUUGGAAGCUACCGAAGCACACAUCACAACUAUACAGGCCGGUAUACUCUUUAACGUCUUCCAUAACCUUUGCGGGUUAGACGAGAUAGGACAAGCCUAUAGAAUCCAGGCCAUCUCGCUGGCUCACCAGCUUCGCCUAUUCGACAGCAGCGUGUAUAUGCACAAUCACAGAAUGAGGAAUGGCAGGGCAUUCACCGCAUGGGCCUUGUUUAAUUGGGAAACGCUUGUUGGAUUUUCGUUUCUGUUCCCUCCACUUCUGAAGACGCCCCCAGACUGGCCACUGCCAGACCCUUCAAAAGAAACGGGAUUUUACGGUGAGGUCUGGGUCAAGUAUCCCUUAAGCCAUAACCUUUCGCCAUCCUACUUUGGUCAAGUCUUCAAGGCGAGAAGCGAGUUUCGUAUUAUCAUGAACGAAUAUUGUCAAGCAGCCUUUUCGGAAGGCUCACAGACCCUUGUCCGACUAUACUAUCUUCGCCAUGGUUUUGAGGCCAUGGAUCUCUUCAUCGUCAUACCACUCAUGCUUGCCGGGUACGAGUGCAUCGACGCUAUUAGUGAGCAAGCAACCGGACCUCGACUUGAAGCCCUGCGAUCGACUUUGAUUCUCAUUGCAAAGGGGCUCUAUAACCAGCGCCGCAACCAUUAUUUGGCCGAGGCUUUAUUUCGGGUCAUUCGUGGACGGAUGCGCCAGGAAGAGCUUUCCUUGCUGAAAACCACAAUGAGGCUGGAUGACGACGAAGAAGAUGAGAGAAGGCAUAUGGCACAGGCUGUGCGGAGCCACUGGCCUGUUAGUGUGGUAAAAAAGAAGGAGGAUAUGAAUUCACAUAUUCUGAAGAAUCUGGUGGAGACUUAUGCCCAUUUGAAUGUAGACGAAGAGCCCGCGCCGGCUGAGGACACCGAAUGA